UCAACAUCCAGCAUCAUACUACUUCGACUGGCGCAACCAUCCACGAUGGCUCAAAGCAUCACUAUUGAUCCCAAUGACCUCCAGCCCCCGACAAGACACCCUCCGUCCUCUGUCGACCUUCCAUCGAAGCUUCCCCCAGCCAAAGAAAGCAGGGUCCAUCCCGCCAAACCAGGUGGGGAGAAUGCGUCGAUAUACUUCGUUGGCACUGCCACGACGAUCAUACAAUGGCAUGGAAUCCGCAUCAUGACUGAUCCCAACUUUCUUCACGCAGGAGACCACGUCCACCUCGGCCCUGGCGUAUCCUCGACUCGAAGGACGAAUCCGGCUGUAGACUUGGAAGAGCUACCGCGGAUCGAUUUGGUGCUUCUAUCUCAUUAUCACGGCGAUCACUUCGAUCAGAAAGUCGAAGCCUCCCUUCGUCGCGACCUUCCCAUCGUUACGACGCCCCAUGCCAAAUCCAUUCUGACUUCUAAAGGAGAAGACUCGUUCACGAGAGUAUCCAGCGUGGAGGUAUACGAGCAGCUUACAGUCGAUAUCAAACACAACCAGAGUGACGCACAGCGACAGCAACGGCCCAAGCUUCGGAUAACCGGUAUGCCAGGGAAACAUAUCCCGGUUGGAAAGCCGUUAGAGAAGCUGAAUGAGCUGGUUGGGGCGAUCCCUCCUACAAACGGAUGGAUGCUCGAGCUAGGCUACGGUGAUAACGACAACGACAACGCAAGCAGUUUCACCUCCGGUUAUAGAAUCUACAUCUCAGGGGACACGCUCAUGUUCGAUGAUCUCAAGGAGAUUCCCCGUCGGUAUGCAGGACAACCGAUCGACCUGAUGCUGGUCCAUCUAGGUGGCACGACAGUACCCUCGCCGGCCAUGUUGCCAUUAGCAAUGAUGGUAACCAUGGACGCGAAACAGGGAGUGGAACUGAUCAAGUUGAUUCGACCACAGGUGACUAUCCCCAUUCAUUAUGAUGACUAUGACGUGUUUGCAAGCUCGUUGGAUGAUUUCCGGGCGCAAGUGCAAGCCGCUGGGUUGAACGGGGAGGUUGUGUAUCUGGACCGGGGAGAUGAAUAUCAGUUUCGUGUGUCGUAGGAUAAGAACAGUGAAUGGAUGGAAGGGAUGGCAAGAGGCAAAAAAGAACUUAGUUCACAUCUCAACCAGGGCUGACCACGGCAUCGCACCCCGCCAAUCAGCACCUCUCGAUCU